AUGGCGACCGACGAGCCGCGGACGCGCUUUGCAUUGCACCUACCGCUACUCUACGGUGCCAAGGCCAAGUCCGUGCCUACGCCAUCCGAGCAGCAGAACCGGCUUCACGGGCUCUGGAUAUCCGAGGCCACGCGGGUCGUGGACGCCGACGUCGCCGAGCGCGCCGAGGCCAUGAGCCUUCCGCACAAGCUCGCGCGUAAGGCCAACAUCUACUUGGCUGAGAACCGGCGCCUCGACAUGCUAUUGCGGCGCAAGCCCACGCAGGCCAAAACGUUGUCGUCGCGCUGCUGCUGGAAGAGCCUGCGGAUGAAGAAGAAAAGGGCAGCGCCACGCAUCGUCGACGAUAUGCUGGCGCUCGAGCACCGCUACCGCGAAUGGUGUGCCAAGGUGGUCCAAAAGGCGUGGCGGCGAUACAGUCAAAAGCAGUUUUUGGCAACCUACGUUGGCUACGUGCGCGCAAGCGUCCAGAUCCAACGCGUCAUGCGAGGUGUCCUCACACGCAAAUGGGUUCGCGUCUGGUACCUCUCCCAACUGCGCUUCGUCUCCAAGAUCCAAGCCACGUACCGAAGCUUCCUUUACCAGCGCGUCUUGGCCACCAAGUUUCAGUGGCAAUCCUACAACGCCACCGUGAUCCAGCGCUAUACGCGCGGCUACUUUGGUCGCCGGCGCGCGCGCGCAAUCAAGCGCCAUCUUGCGGCACUCCACGUGCAGAUGCUCUGGCGCGGGGUCGCGAGCCGGAAGCGCUCAGACGCGCUCUGGCUCAGUCGCAGCGCCAUAAUUGUUCAAAAACACAUGCGGCGGUUCCUCGUGCAGCGGAAAUCCCGCGUCCUGCGCGCCGCCUACGACCUCGCCGCGGUGCACAUUCAGCGCCUCUUUCGCGGCAUGCGCGCCCGCGUGCGCGUCGAUAAGAUGUUGUUUGACCGCGAGACGAUGAAUCGCAAGCUGGUCAUGGACGUUCUGGAUGCCGAACUCGUGUGGUACAAGGAGCAUGUCCAGAAGCUCCAGCGCCGCGUCGACAAGUCCAAGCUCGAAACACUCGUCAUUCAAAUGGAAAUUGAACACCACCGCGCGCACGUUCGCAUCAACGACAUGGAGUGCAUCUACAUCGACAUGCAAGACAGCGGCUAA